AUGGCGCUCUGCCCGAAUAGCGUCACGAUUGACGACUUCAACGAUAAUAUUGUGUAUUCGGGCCCAUGGCAAGCGUUUACGAACCAAACAUACGGCUUCAACGGGACACGACACGUCGCGAAUACCCCCGGCCUCAGUGCCAAUUUCAAGUUCAACGGCUCAUGCCUCUUUGUGAAUGGCAUCGUAGGCACGAACAACACCUUCCCGAUGCCGCCCACGACUUUCAUUCUCGACGGACACUUCACGCAGAUGAAUCUCAGCGUCACCGACGGGGAGACGUUCCCGGGGACUCGCUUCGCCCAAUCCGUGCUCUACAUCGCGUUGAGCAUGAGCGAGGGCGAGCAUGAGCUCAUAAUCACGGACAUUGGUGGCAACUCUUCCAAUCCGCUGCAGAUCGAUGGCUUCAUUAUCACCCCGCUGCAGCAAACAAACACGAGCUCUUCCGGUGCGUGA